AUGGUCCAACUGUCCAAACUGCUGAACGUGGCUCUUCGUAAAGUUCUACAACUUUGCAAUAGAAUUGGACAACACAAGUCACAUAAUGCGUUUAAACUACUCUACCUUCCAAGCGUGGCUCUUCGCAAUGUUCUACAAUGUAUGAAUCCACAUGAGCUAUUCGAGCUAUCUCAAUGUUCCCGAAAAACGAGAUUCAUCAUCCCACUAGCCGGUUCAAAAAAUUUCAAGCUCAAAAUAGAUCUAUCAUUUGGUAUUGUCAGUGUAAAUGGCGAGGAAUUCGUUGUAAAUGAGAAUCGUUCUAAAUACCAGUAUAUUAUUAAAGGAAAACGAGAAUUUAUGGGGAAGACAGUGAAAAUAAGCGACGAAGUCACAAAGAAUUACGUUCCACUCCGUAAAAGAGAAAUGAUAAGUUUUUGGGAUGACCGUGCCAUCGGAUUGGAGAAUGUUACCUUACACUUAGCCAAUUUGUUUAAUUGCACUAUUGACGCCAUGAUAUUUCAAUGCGAGAUACCUGCAGAGGUCUACAUCGAUUUGAUAAUAAGCCGGCAGUCUGAAAUUAAGAAAUUAGAUAUCGGCCCGGAUUCAUUGUCUGUUGAAAAAAUUUCAAAGAUAUUUGACAACUUGAAAGUCACUGAUAGCUUAACACUAUGGCAAAACGCUUCAACAGUUCAAUCCCUAUCGUUCAGCGCCAAAUCAGUGGAAAUUGGUGAUUCGUAUUGGAUCACCUCAGUCCACUUGGCUUCUAUGAAGAACUGUGUUGUCAUCGAACUAAGAGAUUCUUCUCUGACUAACCUGGAUAUGACAUCAUUUCUGAAUGACUGGAAUUCGGGACACUACCCAAAUCUGCGAUAUCUAUAUGUUAGGAGCAAAAACUUGAGCGAAGACUUUACGGUAUUUGGAUUACCAUCCCUACGAAAUUACGUCGAUCUACGUCUUGUCACAGCACAAGUUCUCGAUCAAUACAUAAUGAUUUUUGGCACUGUCGAUGUUCAUCGGGAUAAUCGUGUCGUCGCUAAUAUUGUGCUAAACAGGUCCAGAACAUUGGAACUUCUUGUGUUGUGA